UCUGCACAUUGCAAAUCUAUAUUAAAAAAAAAAAGAAUCUUAAUGAGUUUCUUCACCACCUAUCUCAAGAAUCUUCCUAACAUAAGUAUUUCUUCUUCUUUUUUCUGUUCAUAAACAUCUUCUUUCUGCCGGAUGCAGUAUGGCAAUGCUUGAGCAGAAGCAGGAGCGCGAGUGGAUUGAGAGAGUGAGAUUGGGAGGUGGUGUUCCACUCCUCAAGCCAGACAGUUGGUCGAAUGGCUGGGCUUCCCCCCGGGGAGAUGCAUUCAUGGUUAGAGGAGCAAACUAUCCAACCACAAAGAAGAAGGUUCCCGGUGGCGAAUAUCUUCUCGAGCCUCUAGGUUUCGACUGGAUCAAAGGGCCGGCCAAGAUCGCCGAGGUUCUCUACAACCCUAAAGGCCGCGUUAGGCGAGCACUUGAUGGGGAACGCGCCAAGGGACGAUCACAUUUCGUUUGGGCUUUCAAUUUUCAGCUUCCAACUAAAGAUAACCACAGCAUAAUCGCGUAUUUCGUGGCAACGGAGCCUAGCCAUCAAGAUCCUCUGAUCCGCCGGUUCCUGAAUGGAGACGAUGGAUUCAGAGACUCGAGACUGAAGUUAAUAACCAAUGUGGCGAAAGGGCCGUGGGUCGUGAAGAAAGGAAUCGGGGAGCAAGCCAUCUCCAUAAUAGGGCGGGCGCUUAAAUGUAGAUAUUCGAUGGGGGAGAAGCUGAUGCAAGUUGAUAUCGAUGUUGGAUCUUCUAUGGCUGCGACUGCGAUUGUGCACCUUGCAUUCGGUUACCUGACAACGCUCACCGUUGAGCUAGCUUUCGUUAUCGAGGGUCGGACUGAAUCGGAGCUUCCAGAGCGGAUCUUGGGAGCUGUUCGAUUCUCUGGGCUGGAUGGCGCUAGAGCACUGCAGAUUGAAUCGCCAUCUCAAGGGAAUCCGCAGUCCUCGUUGGGGCAAGGAAUUUCCCACCUUGUUCAUGCCAAUGUGGUUACUGAUCAUCACACUACUACCAAAGAUGUAGAAAAGACACAUUAUGCGGGAAAUAGCAAUGAGCGUGAUUCAAAAUUGCUGAAUCUCUCUCUCUGAGAAAAAAAAUUAUAUAAUUGGGAUGCCUCUGAUGACUGCUUUGUCAAUUGUGUUCUCCUCAUAUAUUUAGUUCUGAAACCAAUUACAUAUCUAAUGUGUAUCAGAUGUUAUGUAUAUAUAGAUAUAGAUUUUAGAUAGGUCACCAGGUAUAAUACAAUUCCAGAAACUUGAAGGUAAGAAAGGACAUCUACUAUUUGAAUCAUCCAUUUCAUAUAUGGACAACAACAUGACAAGAAUGUGCGUGAAAUAAAUAAUUAAAUAAAUAAAAACAGAGGCAAACACAAAACCAGACAAUGAAGAAAAGGAAUAUACAACCCCUGAUAAUUAGCACAUGAUAAUCUCAUCACAUUAUAUAACAUUGAUGAGGAAAUGAAAAUUUCAUCUACACGUCAAUUUGUCUGCUCUCUGCCUCAUUGCAACCCUUCAAUAUUUAUGCUCAAAGCAAAUAUAAUUUUUCUUAAGAUAGUUCAUUAGUUUAGACAGAAAAUCCAAUUUAGUUUGCACUAUCUUCCUACCAAAAAACAGAAGCAAAAUGUCAUAAUUGAGAUACAGUUUAAAUGGACAAUCAAGACUGGAACAAAUAGGUACUCCACAUGCAAAAAAUGUGCUUAACAUCUGAAUCAGCAUGAAAGUCAACCAAUCUCAUUUACCCAUCCCAAUAGUCACCACUGAUAUGAUACAUAAUAAGUCAAGUGUAAAAAUCUUAUCUCUUACUAGCAAGAGAAGAAAAAACCUUGUUACAAGAAUACGAUGGCCGCUGCAAGUGAGGACUAAGAUCCAAGAGAUAAGUGCUGCUUUUCAAGACAUCAAAGGGUAGCAUGCCAAUAAAGCUUUAUUCUUAACCCAAUAUUCUGUCACAUCCUCAUAGUUGCUCAUUCGGAGCCAAUUCCUUUUGAGGAGCUACACAAGAUUCGGACCAAUAUCAGACGCGCUCAUCUGCAGGGUUCUGCCGUUUCCAGAAGAAAGAAACCGCACAGAUGGUAGGGAAGAAUCUUCGACAGAUUCAAUCUCUAAAAAGCUGAAAUUGUAUGUACCAGAUUUCUUCAAACUAAAAAUGAAAACAAGAACUAUCCAGCCCAGCAUCGAUACAGCCCAGUAGUUGUUCAUACCCAUGUAUCAAGCCCCAGGCAAUGGCGUAUCCAAUGAUUAUCCCUGAUAAAUGACCAAUAAAACUAGCUUGCGGCACAAUUAUAGACGUGAAGAUGAGCGACUCAAAGGGUGCAAAACUGAUAGGAAGGGAGAGGAACCCGAAAAGCUCCAGCUUCGAAGAGGGCUGCUUUGUCGACAGUAUAGUCAUCCACCCGAACACAACACAAGAGUAUCCAACAGCAGUCACUCUCCGGAAGUAAUCAAUCUUGAACUUUUGGAUCAAAAUGUGGUACAUCCCGAGAACUAGCAACCCCGACAACACAACCAACAACAUGGUAUAAUGAAGAUAGUAUUCGACACCGAGCCCUAAAUGCCCUAACUGUUCUAUAACCCCAAGACUCCAAAGUGCACUCAUAUUGAAAACAAGAUGAAGGAUGCUAAUAUGUGAAAAUGCAGAUGUGAUUAUCCGCCAAUAAUGGCCCUCCAAUGCAGUGUCGUAGCUCAACCCCACAUGUGAAUACCCAAUCCCCUUUUUCUGAAUAUAGAACCAAAUCAAACUGCAUAUCCCAAUUAUACAACUCGUUGCUGGCUUUUCCCAAAUCUCAUAAAUUAAGGGUUUCCCCAUCCGAACCAAAUUGAACUUCUUGUCACAAUACAAACUCUAUAGUAUCUGAUUCAUAUGCUCAAAAAAACCAAUCUUUAAGCAUUUGAUGAAUUCACUAUGAAGAUAAACAGAAUCCCACUCUAAGAAUUCACAAAUUCAGCUCAAUCAAAACCAAAUAAUUGAAGUUCAAUCUCACCGAAAAUUCGAGUAGAGUCGAAUCAAGCAGAACCUCGAUCCUCGAAUGUAAAUGUAUAGCUUAGACGUGAUUCCUCAUAAAUCAAAGAAUUAACAAUCGAAUGGUGUGAUUGGGAAAAUUCCCGAAUUAAAGUUGGAUAGUAUGAGUAGAGAAGAAAGUAGUUACAGAUUGAGAAGGAAAGAGUAUCCCUAAUUU